AUAUUCAAAGUUAAUCAUUUUUAACCUUGAACUUUUUGAGAAAAAACAUAAAUCAAUUCUAAACAGUGCAACAUUGUUUGUGUUUUUGUUGUCCUGUUUCUCUCUUCCUUGGAACAAUUUAAGGGGAAACGAGAUUACAAAUGUAUUAUAGUUUCGAACAGGUGGCUACAUACAUUGUUUAAGUUUCCAAAAGUAGUAACUUUUCAUGGAAAAUUGUGUAGUUAUGACUUUCAUGUGUUUGGCUAACAAUCAUCUUUUUUAUGUACUUUCAUUGCAUUGUCUGGAGAAUAAUUGUUGCAGUUAAACUAAUAACUUUCCCAAUUCUUUAAUGUUUCUAUGCUGUUAGAUUCCUGCCAACUUUCUCCCUGAAAUCCCUCUCGAGCACCCUCCAAUAAAUUACAUUAAAGUUUACGUUCCUGUCAUCAAUCAGAAAAUGUGAUGCAUAUAGUUGGUGUUUGUUGAGGUAAUUGAAGCAAGACUACUUGCAUGUCUUAGACUUCAAAUCAAACAAGAAAGCUAGGACAAAAUGAUGAAUAAAUAAAUAAUUAAAUAAUUGUGCUAAGAAAUUUGUUGCCCAAAUUCAAGGAAGUUCUACUGCUUAUUGGUUGAAGUUUCUAAGAUGUUUCUUUGCAAAUGAAGUUAACUCCUUUUAUUACUUACAUUUGUUGAGUUUGGUGAAAGAAAGUGGAUUGUUAGAUUAACAAGAAACCAACAAAGAUCUUCUUUUUCAUUACACCAAACAUCAUGUUGAAAUCUAAUCAUUUCUCAAUACAAUCUCAAAAGCCAAACUAACAAACAGUUAAUUUUCCAAUCUUUAACAUGGAAAGCAAAGAAAACAUUGAAGCUACCAGAAAGUUAUUAACUUCUAGCUUAGAAACAUCAAUAUCUAUUUCAUCUGCAUUAGAUGAGUCUAGUUCAAGAUUACAGCUUCUUAACCAAAGAUGUUUAUCCAUGCAAGCUUCACUUAAAUCCAUCUCUAUGCAAUUGCAAAGUAUUUCAUUUUCUGAUGUUGAACAUGGUAUAGACAGCGUUCUAUGUUCUGUUUCAGCAGUUCUCAAAGUUUUUCAAUGUGUUACUCAAUUGGAACAUUCUCUUUCGAUAGAUGCGAGUUUUGAUUUACUCACAUAUGUCUCCAACACAAAGAAGCUUGAAGAAUCAUUGAAGCUUCUCACAGCUAAUUGCAAGUUAGCAACCAGUUGGUUGAGAAGUACUUUUGAGUUUUUACAAGACAAAACAACAAUUAGUACCAAUGAGUUUUACCUUCUUAAUGUAAACAAAUCCUUGAGAAUAUUGCAAGAAUUGCAAACCAUGGAGAACGGUGCUCGUGUCGAUGGAGGAAUUCUCAGUAUUGCUUUUGACAAACUAGAGAUUGCUUUUCACAAACUUCUAAUGGAAAAUUCUAUGCCUCUAUCUUUGGGUUCAUUAACAUCACACGUUGGUCAACAAAACAACGCUGUGAAGCAAGAUUUGAAUUUUCCAAGUUCUUUAACACGGAAGUUACAGGUCAUUGCCGAGAGAUUAAAUGCUAAUAACAGGAUACAAAAGUGUCAAACUAUGUAUGUUGAAAUUCGUGGAACGAAUGCUCAUCGAAGUUUGAAGACUUUGGAUUUGAGCUACCUUAAGUUUUCAAUAACUGAGAUUGAAGAUGCACAUGGAAUGGAAAAUUUGAUAGACAAAUGGGGAAACCAUUUGGAGUUGGUUGUUAAGAAACUUCUAGACGUGGAGUACAAGCUAUGUCAUAUCGUGUUUGAGAAAAUUGGUUUAGAAGCAUCCAUGAGUUGUUUUGCAAAGAUUGCUAUUGAAUCGGGAAUGCUUACAUUUAUCGAAUUUGGAAAGGUUGUUACUGAGAGGAAAAAUGAUCCUUUCAAGCUGUUGAACUUGUUGUCAAUGUUCAAAGUCUUGAAUGAUUUAAGACUAAAAUUUAAUCAACUUUUUAGAGGGGAAGCUUGUGAAAGAAUUAGAAUUGUGACAAAGGAUCUUAUCACAAGAAUUGUUAAUGGUGCUAGUGAGAUAUUCUUGCUACUUUCAGAACAAGUGAAGUUGCAAAGACCAACAUGUCCUCCCUCAGAUGGAAGUGUUCCUAAAUUGGUAAGUUUUGUCACCGAUUAUUGUAAUAGGCUUCUUAGUGAUGAGUAUAAGCCACAAUUGAAUAAGGUUUUGGAAAUAUAUCUUAGUUGGAGAAAUGAACUAUUUGAAGAGGGUAUUUUUGUUGGUCAAAUAUAUAGCAUAAUUAAGGAAGUUGCAGUUAAUUUGGAUGAUUGGUCAAAAGCCUAUGAAGAUAUAAAUUUGUCAUAUUUUUUUAUGAUGAAUAACCAUUGUCAUUUCUACAAUUUAAAGGGUACUUUAGUUGGAAAUAUGAUGGGAGAUUCUUGGUUAAGAGCACAUGAACAAUAUAAAGAAUAUUAUGCAGCCCUUUAUUUGAGGAAUAGUUGGGGAAAUCUUCAAAAUAUUCUUGUAGUUUCAUCUUCAAUGACUUGUCAAGAUUUGGUUAAGAGAAUAAAUGCUUUUAGUCUAGCUUUUGAUGAAAUGUAUAAGAAGCAAUGUAAUUGGAUAAUCUCUGAUGUGAUAUUGAGGGAAAACAUAUGCAAGCAUUUGGUGGAAGGUAUUAUACCAAUCUAUAAGGUUUAUUUGAAGAAUUACAUUUUGUCAAUUGAUCAAAAUGAUGAAGGUGUGGUUGAUAAGCAUAUUAUUAAAUAUACAACAAAGAGUUUGGAGAAUGAGAUUUGGUCAUUGUUUCAGCCAAAGAUGAAGAAGCAUGAUAAUAGCAUUAAACACAUAGAUUUGAUUAGUAAAAUAAAAGAAUUUAGCCAUCAAUUUCGUUUAACAUUAGCUGGUUUAUAGUUGUGUAAUGUGUUAUUUUCCUUUUACAGGGUAGAUGGAAUGUUGAUCUAACUUCUCUACUCUUUGAGUGUUUAUGUAUUUUAUGAUUCUUCUUUGAGAUUUGAG